GAGAAGACAAAGCAUUUGCAUUUUGCUAGUGGAGAAGGAUUUAUUCAUCUGCAUAAGACUCACGGAAGAUGCGGGCAAUUAGCGAAUGGCCCAAGCUGCCUACCCUCUUCCUUUUCAUUCUCGCUUUGGCCUCCCAGGAGAGCCAAGAAAACCCCCGGGGCCGCAGGGAAGCAGGCGCGCAGGGAGAUAAAGAGAAGCUUCUCCAUCUCCUUCCAGCGCCCGUAGCUUCCAGUAGCACCCACGUCCCUCAGCAGCUCAGCGCGGGCAGGGUGCGCUCCUCUAGCCAGCGGGAGCGCGUAGUGUAUGCCACCACCUCCUCUACUUCCUCCUCCUUCUCCGAACCCCCGAGGGACCGAGACGACCGGACGCUGCGCUUCUCCGCCUCCUCCUCCAUUGAACCAGCCGGCUCCUGGCUCCUCGGCGUACCAAGGAGCGCAGAAAUACUUCCAAGGGAUUUGAACUUAAAGGAGAAGUUCAUAAAGCAUUUUACAGGACCAGUCACAUUUUCAGCUGAGUGUAACAAACACUUCCAUCGACUGUAUCACAAUACUAGGGAUUGCACUAUACCAGCUUAUUACAAAAGAUGUGCAAGACUGCUAACAAGGUUAGCAGUGAGCCCGCUGUGUACACAGCCUUAG